GGUGUCGUAGUUGCCACGUGUUUCAAGCGAGACACAAAACGAGAGGCCCAGUUGUGUUCUCUCGUCUCUUACGUUGCUUACUUUUUCUAAACAAAUUUUCAACCACAUGUUUCAUAUAUAGAGCUCACAGAUCUUAUCACUUCUUUUUCUUUUCUUUUUCUUACGUAUUCUGACUGAUACUUUACGAUGGAUAGCCGGUGGAGUCUUCGAGGUAUGACAGGUCUUGUAACCGGUGGAACCAAGGGAAUUGGGUAUGCGAUAGUGGAGGAACUUGCUGGUUUUGGUGCAAGAGUUCACACGUGUGCCAGAGACCAAACUCUGCUUGAUGAAUGCUUAAAUGAAUGGAAAGCCAAAGGGUAUCAAGUCACUGGCUCAGUCUGUGAUGUUUCCUCUCGACCUCAGAGAGAUGAGUUGAUGAAGACUGUCUCUUCUCUAUUCAGUGGCAAUCUCAACAUCCUUAUCAACAAUGUUGGUACCCUUACGUCAAAGCCGGCUACAGAGUUUACAGCACAAGAUUUCUCAAGUCAAAUAGCUACCAAUUUGGAGUCUGCUUAUCAUUUAUCUCAAUUGGCCCAUCCUUUACUUAAGGCAUCUGGAUUUGGUAGCAUUGUGUUCAUGUCUUCAGUAUGUGGGGUUGUAUCAGCCGGUACCGUAUCCAUAUACAGCUUAACAAAAGGAGGCAUGAAUCAAUUGGCAAGAAACUUGGCAUGUGAAUGGGCAAGUGAUGGCAUAAGGGCUAACUCUGUAGCUCCUUGGGUGACUAGAACUCCUCUUGCCCAAGAUCGUCUUGAUGACAAGAAAUAUGCUGAAGCUAUCUGCUCAAGAACCCCAUUAGGCCGUACGUGUGAGCCGAGUGAGGUUGCCUCGCUGGUUACGUUUCUUUGUCUCCCUGCAGCUUCUUAUAUAACAGGACAAACCAUUUUUAUUGAUGGUGGUCUCACUGUUAAUGGCUUCUCCUACAAGCCAGAGGUUUAAACCCUAAAAACACUUCCAGAACAACAAUGUUGUAAAAAAAAGAACAACAAUGUUGUAAUAAUGUAUGAAAAGUUUUAGUUAUUAACUAAAUUGCCUACAUUUAAUGUAUUAAUGUUUGAAGAAACUUCUUUUAUGUUCCUCAAAAAAAAAGGAAACUUCUUUUAUAAA